GUCGUUAGCCCUUCUGCAGCUGGACAACGGUGUGAAGCACUCGGCUCUAAAAUUUUACCUCCUCCAAAUAAUUUCCCCCCCAUCUUAUUGCAAAUAGUACUUUCAUCAAGUUCGCCCAUUAUGCCUUGCAUGCUCAUUGAUCCAUCUCAGAAAUACAGACCUUACGUACCACUGGUCCUCGACAAUCGUCAAUGGCCAACCAAGACAUUCACCAAGGCUCCCAUAUGGCUUUCCACAGAUCUUCGUGACGGAAACCAGGCAUUGGCAUGCCCCAUGACGGCAGAUCAAAAACUCACCUUCUUUCGUUUGCUGGUCAAAUGCGGAUUCAAGGAAAUCGAAAUCGCCUACCCUUCUGCUAGCGAUACCGAUUUUGCAUUCGUCAGAUAUUUGAUCGAGAAUAAUGAGAUCCCCGACGAUGUAUGGAUCCAGGUUCUGACUCCAGCUCGCGAGGAUCUCAUCCAAAGAUCAUUCGAAGCUGUCGCUGGUGCAAAGCAUGUCAUCAUGCACAUGUAUAACGCGCUUUGUCCUAUGUUCCGAGAUGUCGUCUUCCGUAACUCGAAGGAACAGACAGUUGAACUGGCCUCUAGACAUUCCAGAAUCAUCAGCGAGCUUGCCGAUCAAUACUCUGCAUCACAUGGGAUGAAAUUCCGUUAUGAAUACAGCCCGGAGACAUUCACCCAGACAGAAAUGGAGUUUUCUCUUCAGGUUUGCGAGGCUGUCAAGGCUGCGUGGGGCAAGGCUGGGCCGGGUAUCGAUCGCAUAAUCUUCAACCUUCCUGCUACUGUUGAGAUUGCUCCUCCUAACCAUUAUGCUGAUCAGAUCGAAUACUUUGCCGCUCAUAUAUCUGAGCGAGAAAACAUCAUCAUUAGUUUGCACCCCCAUAAUGACAGAGGUACUGCUAUCGCAGCUGCAGAGCUCGCAGUCCUUGGUGGCGCUGAUAGAGUUGAAGGCUGUUUGUUCGGUAAUGGAGAACGUACAGGAAAUGUCGACAUUGUGACCCUAGCGUUGAACUUAUACACGCAAGGAAUCACCCCCAACCUCGACUUUAGCAACAUCCAGGAAGUCAUCGACACCGUGACCUCCUGCAAUGAUCUCCCUGUACACCCAAGGCACCCUUACGCUGGCGAGCUCGUCUUUACGGCCUUCUCUGGUUCACAUCAGGACGCCAUCAAGAAAGGUUUCGAAGCGCAGCGUAUUCUUCACAAAAAAAAUACCGAGAACGGCGAGCUCAAGAUGUGGGAAAUACCAUAUAUGCCCCUGGACCCUGCCGACCUCGGAUGCAGUUACGAAGCUGUCAUUCGUGUUAACGCACAGUCCGGAAAGGGUGGCAUUGCGUAUCUUGUCAAGCAACACCUGCAACUUGACCUUCCGCGCAAUAUGCAGAUCGGAUUCUACAAGGUCAUUCAGCAAAUAUCCGACCGCGAGGCACGCGAAGUCACCGUGGAAGACAUCACGACGGCGUUCCGCGAGACUUACCACUUCGGUGGAUCGAAGUAUGAAGGUAGAUUGGCGCUCAAGUCGUUCCGUAUUACGGCCGAGCCGUCACCUGAUCCCACUCAAGACGAUGAACCUUUCGAUGAGCGUCGUCGCUUUGAUGGCACUAUGUUAGUGGAUGGCGUAUUGCGCGUCAUUCGCGGAGAUGGCAAUGGUCCCAUCUCAGCUCUUCUUGACGCUCUGCGCACUCAUUUGGAGAUCGACAUGACCCUUCGCGAGUACACGGAGCACGCAGUUGGCGAGGGAGAAAACUCCAAGGCAGCCUCAUACAUCGAACUCGUUGCUACCACCGACGACGUCAAAGAAACUCGCUAUGCAUCUGAGUCAUGGUGGGGUGUUGGACUUGACUCUGACAUUGCCGCUUCCGGUUUGCACGCCGUGUUGAGUGCCAUCAAUGCUGCCAUUGGCGACCGUGUAUUGCCUGAGCUGAAGCUUAGCGUUGGCUUCAACAACACCUCUGGUCAUUCGGAUGUCUCGGACGCUAUCGUCAAUACUCUGGGCUUGACGCUCCCCCGUAGAUUGCAGAAUUCCUUCUUCGAGGUCGUGCAGCGCGCCGUGCGCGAGUCAGAUGGCAAAAUUUCGUAUGAAGACCUUACCCGUCUCUUCCAGGAGACAUACGGCUACGAGGUCGAAAACAAGGGCAGGAUUUCUCUGGGUGACUUCUGCUUCGAGCGUGUCGAAGGCGGUGGCCCCCAGUUCAAGGGUGAUAUCGAGAUUGACGGCGUGGUGUGUAAGGUUGUUGGUGAGGGCAACGGUCCAUUGUCCGCAGCCAUCGCCGCGUUGCACUCACAGGUUGAAGGCACUCUUGUCUGUCGCGAGUAUUCAGAGCACUCUGUGGGAGAAGGUUCAGGAGUAAAGGCUGUCUCCUUCGUGGAGCUUGUAUAUGAGCUGCCAGGAAGGGCUAAAAAAGAGGCUGCUUGGGGAUUGGGCAGCGACACUGAUAUCACUGCAUCUGGUAUCAAGGCUGUUUUGAGAGCGGCAAGCAGACUGAGUGUAGUUGCAAAAAAGGCAUAAGAUGAUGUUGGGAUUUAUUCAUACAAUGUAUUACCCAGAUGUACUUAUUAGUAUCUGACUUGAACGAAGUACAGUAUGCAAUUUC